GCACCUACAGCUCAUUCACAGUGUUGCUCCACCUUCUCUCUGAAAUAUCGCUGCAAUGUUUGUCUUCUUGUCUUGUUUCAGUUGAGCUCAAACAACAGAGGAAGAAGCAGUAUAAGGCCGUCACACCUUCCUGUAAAGCAGCUCCUAUAGACAGAUAUCAUGGAGAAGGAUCAGCCACCUGCGAUGGCAAUGCCAGCACCGCCGUACCCUGGCCCCCCUUUGGCUUACCAGCCUCAGCCCGUUGUCCAGCCCCCCGUCCAUGCUGUGGGGACUUACCAGUACAGCCCACAGCAACCUCAGAUUGUACAGCCUGCGAACUCGGUGGUUGUGGUGCAGCAGCUGCCAACUGAUGUUCCUGGACAAAUGAUGUGUCCUCACUGCAAAAAAUCCGUCAUGACGACAACGCAGCACAAAAACGGGAUGCUCACUUGGGUGAUCUGUGGCGUCCUGGGAGUCUUCCUGUGCUGGCCUUGCUGUUGGAUCCCCUUCUGCGUGGAAUCCUGCAAGGAUGUGGAGCAUUCCUGCUCUUCCUGUCACAACGUCAUUCACAUCUAUAAACGCAUGUGAAACAGCAUCGCAGUAGAAACUCUCCAGCAGUUACAACAAAAGAUAGAAAAUCCCACUGUGACAAAACACAAGAGCUAAAACCUCCCUGUGCAAACAGACGUCACCUUGAACCCUGUACACGCUUGUGUAAACUACAUGUUUUACCUACACUACUCUGCAGUGUAUUUACGCAAAGCGACAUUACAUAAGAGCUUCUUUCUUGUCCUCUACCUGAUGAUUAACAUGUGCAAUCAAGAUGGAAAACAUUUAUGUAAAAAUGUGAGGAAUGUACCUAUCAUGAUUAAAUCUUGGUCGGAGUGAUGUUGUCUCUGUAUGAUACACCUCAGUGAUACAUUUAACAAAGUAGGAUGAUAUGACAUAUAUUUAAUUUAUGUUCAUGAUAUAUUGAAUGUUUUUACAGAAGUUCCCUGUAUUUGUCAUAUUAAUAUGCAGAAAAAUAUUUAAACAUGAACAAAAUCAUAAUUUCAAGGCCAUUAUUCGAAAUGUUUUGUGCAAUAUUCCAGCCUUUAGGAAUAAAAAAAGAGAAUGUACAAUACUACUUAUAAUCAAUGUAGUCAGUUGGAGAUGCAGAAAAUCCUUAACUCUGUUUCUGUGUUUGGUCCUGCUUUGCUGCCUGGUCAGUUUCACACUGCUGGUACUGCAGUUAACACAACAAAGUUUAGACAACUGAUUAGUCUAUUGGUGUUUAUUACAGAGACAAAACAAUGCCAUGACCUUAAGUUACUUCAUUUACUGUCCAUAUGUCUGCUUGUACCAUGGAAUGAUGAUCUAUGAUGAUUUAUGACUAAAUUGGACCAAAAUGUUACCUAAACAUAGGCCACUGUAUAGUCACUAUGUGGUUUAGAUAGGCAAAUUGCUUGCCAGUCUACAUUUUAUUUAAAUUUACAUUAAGAUAUUAAUUUCUAGUGCUACAGCUGCAGAAUAAAACUUGAUACUAAAUGAAAUGAUACAAAAUAAAUCAGAGAUGCUUAAAAAAAAAGUCCGAAAGAAUACUUUUGGUCACUUCAGUCCUUGAUGAAAGACUGUACAGCAGUGUGAUUUUUAAUGUUAACGGUGGCUGCAUUCCCGGUGUUGAACAUGUUGGCUAACUGGUUUGGUUUACUGGCAUGCUUAAAUGGGAUGAGCCGUCAUUAACAGUACUAGUUACACCCAUGAUUUUUUCUGUUCUGGCAAACCACAAUGCUGCUGUGGAAAAUGCCAGUUGUGAAAUGCUGCCGUCCUAUUAUGAAAGAGGCCUUUAAAUUUUUCUGUCAUGUAAUUUAGUUAAAAGUGUAAUCUAUAGUAAGAAAUUAUAAAAUGGUGGUGAUGAGCUUAAGGCCAGUUGGUGGCUUUUCUGCGACAGUGUGCACGGACAUGUGAAUGUGGAAAUCAGGCUCAUCUGCCGGAAAAUCAAAGUGGACAUUUGUUUCAUGCACCUUGUGUUUGUCAUGAUGUACUCCACAUCCUGUGCACAAUAAACAAAGACGUUCUUGUCCUAUCUAUCAACAGGUCCCCAAAAUGUAUACUAGUUCCUAGCUCUGUGUUGCCACCAGAUGUCCUCAGAUUUACCUCUCAGUUCCAGUCAUCUGAUUUCCACACCCCGCUGUACAUACAUAUGUGGCUGCUAUCUUGGCCUACUUAAUUGUCAAAUAAUUUUGGUUGCUUGUGGCAGCUGUUCUUGCCAUCUAAUACAAGUUUAUUUCUGUUUUUCGAGUUACUUCCCUGUAAGCUUGUAUUUUACAUUAAAUAAACCUGUUCCUGCA